UACCACAGAACACCUGAUUGUACCGCUUGCAACACCUUUCCUUCCUCCGUGACUUGCAGUGUCAGUGUGUUUGUUUUCGGUAGUUUUCAGUAUUUUUGUAUAGUGUUCAGGCGGGUUGGGCGACUAACGCAGGUUGUCAUUUGUGAUUGUUCGCCGACUCCGUCAGCCGAGAGUCGCAGGCGCGGAUCAGCCUAUCCGACGACCGUACGACGUUAUCUUCAGUCUGUGAGGACGUGCCCGCUGCCAUGCCUGAUCACGCGCGUCCAACUCUGCACCGACUGUGCGAUUCGGUCAGCGGCGCGAACUGGCGCCCGACGCGGUUCGAGGACGAGCGGACGGUGAAUCAGUACGCCUGCUGCGUGUGCCACGUCAUUCCGAGCACGACGGUACUGCUGCCCUGUUCGCAUGCUCUCGUGCGAGCAGUGUGUGACGGGGUGUGCCGCCGGAAAAGGAGGCGGUAACAUCUGUCCCCUGGAUGCCGAGCCGUUCUGCGAAGAUGAAUGUCAGAAAAUCAAACUCCCUGCCAAGAAGAAAGAGAACAUGAAGGUUCAUUGCUGGAAUGAAGCAGACGGCUGUGAGUUUGUGGGCACCGUUGAAUCCAUACUACUGCACUAUGACAAGGAGUGCACCUUCCAUGCCAUCCAGUGUCCAAAUUGCGAUCAAAAAAUAUUGCGCACCAACAUUGCCGCGCACUAUGUUGGUGGGUGCUCCCUAAAUACUUCUGGUGCACCUGGUGAUCAGGCAUACCGGGAAGGUAGUUCACCUGCAACUUGCGACACUACAGCGGCUCGGGAUCAGUUGUCUGCUCUGCAUAGACAGAUGAGUGAGGUAUUGGCCAUAUGCAGAACCCUGGAGUCUGUAUGUUUUCAGAACAUCGACUCUGCUGAUGGUGGAUUUGAGAGUAGUUUUAUAAGUGAAAUGAAGAGUAUGGGGGCAAACAUCUGCUCAAUGGUCACUCAGCAACUGAAUGCUGGUCUGAAGGAACUGCAGACAGUAAUCACAGGCUCCUGCAGUGAUCACCUAUCAACAGUUCAAAGCCAAGUGAAUGAGCUUGUCGAACAGUUCAGGGCCCACAACUCCCAAUUGCAGGAAAUAAUGCCCAUGAUUAGUAACUUGGGAUGCGAGUUGAGAGAACAUGUGAACACAGCUGAGGCUAAACUCUCUUCUGGAAUUACUGACACGCAAAAGUCCUUGCAAAGAGUGGUUGAUUCCUUGCAGAAGAAUGAUCAGUCUUCCGAAGGGGACGGAGUGACGCCAAUGGCCAUUACGAGUGAAAAAGACGGUUCAUGGCAGACGGAAAAGCGUUUCAUACUGCAGAAGUUGGAAACCUUUGCCAAUGCAUUGCUGCCUACUCUAGAAUUAUUACGCGAGCAGAAUAAUCGGCAUAAUGGCAUACCAUGGGUGUCGAAUGUUGCAAUGUCUACCGAAGGCAUUUGUCGAGUCAUGUCGAGUGAUCAAUCUCUGUUUAUGUUGCAUAUGACAUUGAAUAACGCAGAAAAAAUAUUUCAGAUAAACUCAAGUAUUUACCCAAGCUGGAGUCUCUGGGCAUUUAGUGAUUUAUAUAUUCAAUUUCGCUUCAUCACUCUGAAUGACCCAGAGCGUCGGCUUCGCGUCUCAGUGCACUGCAUCAAAACAUCUGAAAACCCUCACUUUCCAUUCAAGAAUGUCCGACUACAGGCAAUGCGAAGUACUGGUAUGCCGUACGAAAUAGAUUUUGAGCUAUAUGACAAAGCAGAGUGCCGCAACUGCGCGAAGCACGGCAUUUCACAUUUAUGUGUAUACUUUGAAAUGUCAAAAGAAGAAGUACAGAACUAUGUUAGAAACGGAAGGAUUCUGCUGAGGUUUUUUCUUUAAUAAAUACGCUCCAGCUACAUGUUAACUGCGUAUGCAUGCACAUCAUAUGCGCUUGCAUAAUUGACUGUUGAGUUCAUGUCAAGUUUGUCUAUGUUCACAUACAUUCAAGUGCACUUGAAGAGCGAGUGUACAGCGUGUGCUCGCUGAAAAUUCAACGAACUUGUUGAAGAAACAUGUUUUACUACUGCCAGAUGCAAAUAAAUUUGCCUUGGAAUAGCUUGUGCACAUCAUAAAAUGGCUGGAAGCAAUCGCUCUGGUGACUGGAAAAGUUGUAAGAGUGUGCUGGUGAAGGUAUACAAGGACAUCAUAUACAUAUUGCUAGCUCUGAUUAAGAUUAAAAAAAAAUAAAAUCUGCUCUCAAGGAAA